AUGGGUUACAACAGUAAGCUACACAAAUCCUUAUAUGGCCUGAAGCAAGCCUCAAGGCAAUGGUUUUUGAAGCUUUCCUCAGCCCUCAAAUUAGCCGGCUUCAAGCAAUCAUGGUCUGACUAUUCCUUGUUCAUCCAAAACCAUCAAGGUAUCUUCACAGCUUUGUUGGUCUAUGUCGAUGAUGUUAUUCUAGCAGGGAACAAUUUAGAAGACAUCACAAAGACCAAGUGCUUUCUCUCAAGCCACUUCAAACUAAAGGAUAUGGGACAAUUGAAAUACUUUCUGGGAAUAGAAAUAGCAAGAUCCAAGCACGGGAUUUCCUUAUGUCAAAGGAAAUAUGCAUUGGAAAUCCUUGAAGAUACAGGGUUCCUCGGUGCCAAACCUUCACGGUUUCCAGCUGAACAAAAUGUGACACUUACACAAGAAGAUGGAGACCUACUGAAAGACGCCUCCCAAUAUCGAAGACUGGUUGGACGUCUCAUUUAUUUAACCAUCACACGACCAUAUCUCACAUACGCAGUUCAUAUACUUAGCCAGUUCAUGGACAAACCCAGGCAGCCUCACUUAGAAGCAGCACACAAGGUAUUGAGGUACAUCAAGCAAGCACCUGGUCAGGGAAUUCUCUUACCUUUAAAAGGAUCAUUGGAGUUAAGGGCAUAUUGUGAUGCAGACUGGGCUCGUUGUAAGGACACUAGAAGAUCAACAACUGGCUAUUGUAUUUUUCUUGGACAUGCUCCCAUUUCAUGGAAAACAAAGAAACAAAGUACAGUAUCACGUUCGAGUGCAAAAGCUGAGUAUCGUUCCAUGGCUACUACAUGCUGUGAAAUAACGUGGCUGCAAUACAUUUUAAAGGACUUGAAUGUUAAGCAUGAGCAGCUAGCGAAAUUGUUCUGUGACAAUAAGGUGGCAAUACACAUAGCCUCAAACCCUGUGUUUCAUGAAUGA